AUGGGUCGGAAGCGGUGUGUCGGUGCAGAUUGUUCCAAGAUGGCGGCCGGGUGCUGCGGGGUGAAGAAGCAGAAGUUGUCGGGAUCCCCCGGGUCGGGGGGUCCCGGCGGGGCGGGGAGCGGGGUAGCUGGGACUGGACAUUGUGGAUCGGAACUGGGGAUUGGAUCCUCGUCGACCGUAGCGGCCGGGAACGUGAAUCGGGUGAACGGCCUGGGGGGUCCUGGGGGUAGUAGUAGCAGCAGCAACACCAACGCUCUGUCCCCAACUCCGGGAGGCUACAACUCAACUGGCCUCUCCCCGAAUCUCAGCCCAGGAUCUGGGUCGGGAAGUGGAGGCAGGAAGAUGGUAGUUUCGGCGGAGAUGUGUUGCUUCUGUUUCGACGUGCUUUAUUGCCAUCUAUACGGAUACCAGCCUCCCCGAACACCCAGGUUUACAAACGACCCCUACCCGCUGUUUGUCACAUGGAAAAUUGGCCGGGACAAGCGGCUGAGGGGUUGUAUAGGAACUUUUUCUGCCAUGAACCUGCACUCAGGACUCAGGGAGUACACCCUUACCAGUGCCCUUAAAGACAGCCGUUUUCCCCCCAUGACCAGGGACGAGCUGCCACGCCUCUUCUGCUCAGUGUCUCUGCUCACCAACUUUGAGGACGUUGGUGACUACCUUGACUGGGAGGUGGGUGUUCACGGCAUUAGGAUAGAAUUUUUCAAUGAAAAAGGAUCAAAGCGUACCGCCACCUACCUGCCAGAGGUCGCGAAGGAGCAAGGAUGGGACCAUAUUCAGACCAUAGAUUCCUUACUGCGAAAGGGAGGGUACAAAGCUCCCAUCACCAAUGACUUCAGGAAGACCAUCAAAUUGACCAGGUACCGUAGCGAGAAGAUGACGAUGAGCUACGCGGAGUACGUCGCUCAUCGCCAACACCAUCACUACCAGAAUGGCAUCGGUCACCCACUCCCACCGUACAACCAUUAUUCCUGACAACGAGCCGCAUGACCAGCCCAUCCACCUCUCCGCCGACCUCUUCCCGGGAGAGCCCGCCCCCUCCUGGUCUAGCUAUCUGUACUACUGUACGAUUUUAUGAUGAUAGUUUCCGUUGCCAUGCCGACGGUCUCUCACGGGGGAGCGGCAUGGCAGCGGGUGGCAAAUAAGCAUCAUUUUGAUUAUGACGACGACGAUGACGAUGACAAAAAAAAAUCAUUUAUUAUAAUUUUUUUCCCU